GAAAGCCGUCGCAGAGAGGCUCGGCAAGAUUUGCGAGAACAUGGAGGUAGAGGAAGCAUCGAUCGAACGUAUCAGCCAUGUCAUCUUCAACAGUCUGAAAGCGUUCCAGAAGGAGAACGCACCGAGCACCGAUGUUGUUACCUGCCAAGAGUUCUGCGCCGCCUGUUCCACCAACGAGCCUGUCCAGCUUGACACGCUCGUCAAAAUCUUCGACAAGGACCGCCGCUUGGGACUCCUGGAGCGGGUCUUCCUGGACCAGUCCCUGGCCGAGGUGAGACGAUCUGCUCUCGCAGGUGAGGCUGAAGCUACCGAGGAAGAAGCACCGGAGGAUGUCGAAGACGAGGAGCUCCAUGCGACACACUCGCGGCUCGUGCAGGCAUACCGGGAUGUGCAGUUCAUGCUGAAAGAUCUGGGCCGAAUCGAGCAGCUUGCCCUCCAGACGGCGCAGGACCUGGACGUGAAUCCAAGCAACCUGGGAUUGACUUCCAGCAGAACCACGGUGAAAGGAAACUCCAUGCCGACAGCGGGCAGCGUGAUGCCGAAGCUGAAGCGGUCGGUGUCCACCGACAGCAUCGGCAACGAGGCAUCGGCUGAGAAGAGAGACUUCCGCGACAUUGAGCGCUGA